AUGUCUUUACGCCUCGAAAAUAAGAUUGCUGUUGUCACCGGCUCGUCGUCGGGUCUCGGCCGUGCAAUUGCGCUGCGCUAUGCUCGGGAAGGUGCAUGUGUCGUAUGUUCUGACCUAAGACCAGCGGCUCGAGCCCCAGACCUUGAGGAUAGCAAUAUCAAGACACAUGAGUUGAUCCGGCAGAACAACGGAACGGCCAUCUUUGUCAAGACGGAUGUCACUUCUGCCACCGAAUGGGAGAAUCUUGUCAAGGCCACAGUCGAGGAAUAUGGAAGGUUGGAUAUAUUGGUGAACAACGCUGGGGUUGGGCUGGAAGCACUUAGACCUCCUGCUCAGGUUCACACGACAGACGAGGACUUAUGGGACAAGACCAUGAUGAUUAACUCCAAGUCUGUAUUCCUCGGGUGCAAGUAUGCUAUUCAGCAAAUGCUUCAGCAAAGCCCGCAUGCAUCUGGAGAUCGAGGCUGGAUUAUAAAUAUUUCCUCCAUUAUGGCCCUCAUCGGGGGGCCUAGCAACCCGUCGUACUGUGCGUCAAAGGGUGCUGUGAGCAGCCUGACCAGGCAGGUUGCUCUUGAUUACGCACACAAAAGAAUCCACGUCAAUGCUAUCUGCCCAGGAUAUAUUCGAACGGCUAUAUUCAAAGAAACUACCUCGCGCGAAACAAAAAUUGAAGAUUUGGAAAGGAAGCAUCCUUUGAAUGGUCCAGGAGAGCCGAGUGAUGUUGCAAGCUUCGCCGUGGUUCUGGCAAGCGAUGAUGCACGCUGGGUUACCGGAACUUCCAUGCCUAUUGACGGAGGCUACACUGCGCGUUGA